AUGUCGGCCAUGGAAGUAACGGAAGCUCCUACAGGUGAAUCAGAGCAGUUGAAAGAGCAGGUCGAGGAAAUGCACCAACAGAAAAUUGAAGAAGCAAAAAAGGAAGAGACACCAGUUCAGGAGGAGGCAACAAAAGGAGGUGAUGGUACACUCUCUCAUCCUUCAGCUACUUCCGAAAACACCGAAUCAAAUGUAGAAUUGGAAAAGAAGGAUGCUUCUCAGGCUGGUGGAGAGAGUGGAAGUGGUGAUACCGCGACUACAACGACUACCACCAUUCCAACACGCCAAUAUCUGGAUCAGACUGUUGUUCCGAUUCUUUUGCAAGCCCUAGGGGCGUUGGCCAAAGAACGUCCACCAAAUCCGAUUGAAUAUCUGGCCAACUAUUUACUGAAGGAGAAAGAUCGUUUUUCGACGUCUUUUAGCCAACAACAACAACAGCAGCCAAAUGAAUCCAGAACACCGACAAGCUCUCAGUUUACAAGGAAUCCAGUAAUGGUGAAAUUGUUCGUAGGUGGCUUGCCAGAUGGCGUUGAUUCAAUGCGCCUUCGGCAACUUUUUUCUCAAUUCGUUGUAGUUAACGAGUGUGAUGUAAUCAAGGAUUACGCCUUUGUUGUUCGUAAUUUAGAAAAUUUGAUUAUAAAAGACGGUUUGAUGAGAAAAUAUAAGACAAAAGAAGAUGCGCAUGUGCCAGAGGAGUCCGACGCUCGAACAGCUAUUGAAAAGUUGGACGGCUAUAUCCUGGAGGGGAAAGCAAUUAAUAUACGAAGGUCGACGUCAAAGUUGCGGAAAGAACCGGGUAUGGAUAAACGUUGUUAUCGAUGUGGAGCAGUUGACCACAAAACUCCACAAUGUCCAAGUGAUCCUGCAAACAUUAAUUUGAAACGUGCUGCUAAUACAAGCUGCAUAGGUGGCCCAGAACAGAAACGUUUUAUUGGGGAUGGAGUCGUCGCCGGAGAAUCUCCGUCUUAUGCACAAGGACAUGACGCUAGUGCACCCGGUGCAUUUGCAUUUGCAGGUUCGGGUGCUUCUGGACCACGGGUUGAUCCAGAUCCUGAAUUGCCUCGACCCUUGGACAGUGAUCUAUUUCCAUUAUAUGAACAAUACAUGGAGUCGCGGACGAAAUAUUUCUAUUUUCGAGAUCGACUGACAAAGGAAGUGAAAGCUCGAGCUCAUGCAUUACCAUCAAUAUCAGUUGCACCGCUCCAGGCUCCAUAUGCUGCCAACAAUGUUUACAGCACUCCCCCGCCAACGGCUCUACAGAAUUCAUCUCUAGGAUCUACUUCAGCGACAACAGUGACUUAUCCUUCGACAACGGGAGCAUCACAUUUUUAUGCUAAUGCAGUGAAUACCAGUGCUACAGGAGCAGCUUACCCUAUUGCACAACCUCUUCCUCAGCCAACUCGUUUAUACUAA